GUAAUUCCAAGCUGGUGGCGGAACUGUCGGUGUGAUCUCUUUUUCCAUUCCGGAGUCGGACCAGGCUGUUCUUCAAACAUGGCAUCCUGCGUGAGGACUUUAUUAAAAGGAGGUUACCUGUUGCCCUCCAGGACCCCGAGGGUCUGUCACCUUCCCGCCCGGUCCUACGCCGCCCCCGCCAGAGCCCAGAAGAAGAAGGAGGUGAAGAAAGAGGUGGAGAAGGAGGUGAAGAAGGAGAAGCGGGUCAUCGACGACAGUGCGCGGCAUAAGCCUUACGGUCUGACGGCGUGGGCGCCCGUGGACGACGUCUAUGUGGCGCGGUUCUACCCCCGGCCCGUGCUCGCCCCUGCCGUCGCGCUCCUCAGGCUCAAGCUGUACCAGGAGCUGGACGCCACCGUCCCCGACCAGCCCGUCUACAUAGACCUCAAGCUGGACAUGAAGCUGGAGAAGAAGAAAACGGUCGAUGCUUUUGUGAGUACGGUCCAGUUGCCUCACUCCUUCAGCACAGGACUCAACACGGUGGCUGUCUUCACUGAGAACCCGGAGCAGGCUCAGGUCGCCCGGGAACAAGGAGCCCAGUUUGUUGGAGGACCUGAACUGGUGGAGCAGAUCCUGGAGGACGAGGUGUCGGCAGACUUCUACAUCUCGGUUCCUGAGAUGCUUCCAAAGAUCGUCCCGCUGAAGAACAAACUGCGCAAGAAGUUCCCCAAGAGCAAGAGAGGGUCAGUGGGUGUGAACAUUCCCAAGAUGAUGGCCAUGUUCAAGACGGGCUUCGAGUACCAGGUGGAGAAGGACUGCUACGUCAGGACACAGAUUGCUACGCUGGACAUGCCUACAGAACACAUCCUGGCCAACGUGAAGUCCAUCCUAACAGACGUGUGUUCCCACCGCCCUGCAGAAUAUGGUCCCUUCAUUGAGAGGUCCAUCCUAGCGAGUCAUACCAGUGAAGCUCUGCGCUUCAGCAGCCAGGAAAUCCUUCAACCUCCUCCAGCAGAUAAGAGCUGAGACCUCCCACUGCUUGUUUCAUGUGUAAAUAAUGUUGAUACUUUGUUCAAUAAAGACUUGUUCUA